AUGCAAUUCGGAACUGUAUCAAAACUUGCUGCAAUCAUCUUUGCCGUUCUAGCUGCCGCACAUCCAGACGAGCACCAUGAACACAACGAGGCAGCCGAGCUCAAAGUCCGGGACUUCAAGCAGAACUCUCGCCGAGGUCUUGCCUCCUGCGCUGACAAGCUUUCAAAGAGAGGGCUCAGCUCUCAAGCCGCAGCUCGCCGCGCUGCGACUUUUGAGAAACAUAGGCGUGGGAAGAAACUCGCUCGGGAUACUGCCACCGUUGCCAAUACCUCUCACUUGUCAACCGAAAGUUACAAUCCAGCCACCUUAGAUAGCACUAUCUUCGCCAGCAACGGAACCUGUUAUCUUAAUCCCGAGGGAGAAACUGGCCCUUAUUGGGUAAAGGGAGAGUAUAUUCGUUACGACCUUCAGGACGGCCAGCCUGGUGUUCCUAUCAUUGUCGAGGGCCAAUUCCUUGAUGUUGAAACUUGCGAGCCUAUUGAGGGCCUCUGGUGGGAUAUCUGGAACUGCAAUUCUACUGGCGUCUACUCUGGUCUUGUUGCUACUGGCAAUGGCAACACGGAUGAUGCCUCGAACUUCAAUGCUACCUUCCUUCGAGGCAUUCAGCCUUCUGACUCCGAAGGUGUUGUCACUUUCAAGAGUGUCUUCCCAGGUCACUAUUCUGGACGCACUACUCACCACCACAUGGUCGCACACCUAAACGCCACCCUCCUCCCUAACAACACUCUCUCGGGCGGUACCGUCGCACACGUCGGGCAAGUCUUCUGGGACCAAGAUAUCAUCGACGCGGUUGAAGCCACCUACCCCUACAAUACCAACACCAUCACGCUCACCACCAAUGCUGAAGACCGCGUCUUCGCCGACGAAACGGCUGACACUGAAACCGUCCCGGUCUUUGAAUAUGUGUAUCUUGGUGAUAGUCUUGAAGAUGGGAUCUUUGGUUGGAUCACCAUUGCGGUUAAUGUUUCGGCUACGUAUGAUCCGAAUUACAGUUUUGUGUAUACAGAGAGUGGUGGCGUGGCUGAAAGUGGUGGGGAUGUGAGUGUUGAUGGGGGAACGGGGACAGGUGCUGGAAAUGGCACUACUCUUUCCGGUGCAGUUCCUUCUGCAGCAGCACCAUCUGGGUUAUGA